AUGCGUAAGUUGUGUCCACUCAUGGGGCCGAAGAUGUCGGCAUUUUGCAUGGUGAUGUCUGUGUGGGGUGUGAUAUUCCUAGGCCUGUUGGGAGUAUUCUUCUAUGUUCAAGCCGUGACGCUUUUCCCUGAUCUUCAUUUCUCUGAGGAGACCAAAGAUGGGCAUAUUGGACCGUCUGUUGAAGAUAUUGAGAGCAAGUAUAGCGAAGAAAGCAAUGCAAUGUUGGAUAGCAGCUGGAAUGUAUGGCGUAACGUUGAUCCUUGUGUUAUGGCAAAACAAGUACAAUACAACUACCGUUUUCUAAGCUGCCUCGUUGCUGUUGAUGCUGGUGUUUGUUCAUAA